CUACAUUAAGCCCCACCACUCCCAAUGAUUCUUUUUUUUUUCCCCUUCGUCUUCUUCUCCUUCCAAAUUGUCCUUUCAUUUGUUUGUUUCUUCAAAGUUUCAUUUGCAGAAGAAGAAUAAAACCAGUACAUAUAUAUUUUUAUACUACAUUACUAGUAUAUAUUACUCCCUUCCAUUUCAUUCUCCACUAAGAAGCAGCUGUCAAUGAGAUCACAAGUUAACCCACAUUUCAUUGACAUAAUUCCCAUACUUCGCCGACCCCCAUUCCCACACCCCUCCACAGGGUUGCUGCUUUCUUCUUUAAUAGGGAAUACCUUUUUUCUUUUUUUUUUCUUUUUUUUUACAUUUAUUCACUGGUGCUGGUUCUUGUUAAGUCACUUUCAUCCCUUGUGAAGGUACUGAAUCAGAAAGGUGGAGCUGGCCUGGUUGGUUCAUGUGGCGACGCCCUUAUUGCUUUCAGAAUUCGUCAUUCUUGAUGUUGUUCACGUGAUUUACCAUUUUUCUACCUCUACCUUUGAUCUUAGUUGGAAAGGAGAAAGAGAGGGAUAUUAGAAGCAAGAACAAUGGCUGAAUUGCUUAGAGAGAGAGUGGACGGCAGUGAUCGUGUCGUGAGACGACGAAAGAGUCUAACUGAACGGUUAGGAUUCUCCGGACCCAUUGCAUGUUGUGGGUCCACCUUGUGUCUCAGACCAGCUUCGUUAAGUGUGGUUGAUGAUGAUGACGACGGCGAUGAAUCGCUACAAGCACCACCGGAGGCGGCGGAAGCGGGCCGUGAAACACCGCCGGAAAUAGAGUCAGCUUUGGUAUGUUUGGCUCAUAUCCCGGCGGGUUCCGGAAUGAACUUGGCGGCGGCGUUAGCGGCGGAGCGCAACUUUAGAUCGGCCCGAGAUACAUAUGAUGCAGUAGAUACCAGCCCAAGUCAAAUAUCAGGCCCAGGCCCAAAUACAAGCCCGUUGAGACUUAAUAACAAUGGGCCGGUAACUGGACAAGAAACACCAUUUAGGAUGUCGUUGAUGAGAUUAUUAGAGGAAACGGACGGCUGCGAUGAAAAGGAAGAGGUCAAAGAAGGAGUGGGAAAUGAUACGAUGUGCUGCGUGUGCAUGGGACGGAAAAAAGGAGCAGCGUUCAUACCAUGUGGACACACAUAUUGUAGGGUGUGUUCAAGAGAGCUUUGGUUAAAUCGAGGGUAUUGUCCCCUCUGCAAUAGAUCCAUUCUUGAAAUUCUCGACAUUUACUGAGUAAACUCCAAAGGAUUGGUCAUGGAUUUUUGUGUUAGAUUUCUCAUCAAAGUGAGCAAAUGAAUUUGAUUUUCUAUUAAAAGAAAGAAGAAGAUUAAGCAAAAACACAUGAAAUUGUUGUACCUAGAGGAGUAAGAAUUUGUUAGAGUAUUUGCUUUCUGAAUCUAUGGUCGAGCACCUAUACUAAGCCUUCCUUUCGAGCUUA